AUUCCUUAAAUGUCCAAUUCCCAAAAUUCCUCGAUUUCUCAGCACAGAGCCCUCACUGUGGAAUUUCCCCUCUGUGGAAUAUUCUCAAGUCUGGAGUGAUUUGUUAAUAAAUAAAAGGAUGUUGGGGGUUUGUUGUCUGUAAUUUUUAUGAAUUUGGGGUUUGUUUUGCUGUAUCAUUUAUUUUUAUAUCACAUUAUUUUCAAUGAAGCCUUUCACCAGCUCGGUGCUGCAGGAAAAGAAGAAUUUGAAGAAUUUUUUUUGUGUUUUUAAUCCUUGUUUUGGUGCUGCACAAUCAGGAAUUCUCACUCUAAAGGAACGUUGAUGAUCCUUUCAACAACAGCCCUGAAACUUCGGUGUUCUGUUGAUUAAUUAUUGUGACAAAUUAAAGAGAUGUUGUUAAUUAAUACCCUUUCCACAACUGUUUUCCUCACUUUUUGUGCCCUCAGUGCUUUUUUCUCUUCCUUCCCCUCAAUCAACUCAUUCCCCCAGACCUCAUUUACACAUUUUCAACACUAAAUUAUUAACUAAAUUAUUUACAUUUUAUUCUUUAUGUGCUAAAAAUUAUUAUUAAACCAAAUUUAUCCCACACACAAAUGAUAUUUUGUGUCUCCCAGGGAGUCAUUUCCUCUCAACCUCCUUCUGGGAGCUUUUUCCUCCUUAGAAAAUCAGAUUUUAAUCUCUUUUUUUGGUUUUUUUUCUGCAGGUUAGGUUUAUGGGAACAGCAGAACGAUGACCUCGAGCUGCACCUCGAUCUCCAGGCAGAAGCAGAGGAGGAGGAGCCGCCGAGGCCGCGCCUCGAGCAGGGAUUCCCCCGCUCAGUCAGCGCUGGGAGAUUUCCAAAUUCUCCCCUUGGAGAUCUUCCAAAUGGUGCUGAAUUAUCUCUCAGUGAAGGACAUCAGCAUGCUGAGCAUGGUGUCCAAAUCCAUCAGUGGCCGCCUCAUUAAUUACAUCUGCACCUCAUCAGGGAGCCGGCGGCUGCUGCUGCAGGAUUUCCACAGCCCUGAGCUCCCUGCCAGGACAGAGGGAGCCUCCACCUCCAUCCUGGAGCACUACAGAUCUCUAGGGCUGCUGCUGAAGAGGUGCACCCUGCUGCUGCCCACCAGGGACAGGCUCAAGUACGUGCACAAAGUGCUCUCAGGGGUUUCCUGUUUCAAGCUCAGUGGCUGUGCCAGUCCCCUGCACUGCCUGGGCCUGCAGUGCUACGGGGUUUUCCUGCAGAUCCUGACCGCGGGCUGGGAUGAGCUCGAGUGUCACCGGGUGUUCAACUUCCUGUGGGAGCUGGGCAGCCUGGCCAGGAAGGUGCAGACAGUGCUCAGCAGCAAGCCAGGCAGUGCCCGCAGGCUGGAGCUCCGUAUCCGCCUGUUCUGCCGGGCCGUGCUGCUCUCCGGGAGCCGCCGGGGUGACUCCGCCUUUUGGCUGACGCGGAUCCUCAAACCCUGGCCCAUGGUGAACCAGGCCCGCCUGCUCUACAUCAUCUUCGGGCCCGUGUCCUCCCGGGACGGACAUGUGGUGUGGCAGAAAAUGAUAGAAGGACCAACAGAUGAGAGCAGUCUGAAGGGUUUAGCUGAUGCAAUUAAGCUGCUGUAUGGUACAGAAGCUAGAGAAUGGACAGCAGAUGAUGUUAUCAGUCUUGUGGAUGAGCUGUCAGUGGUUCCUCAGGAGUGGCUGAUGGAGAACAAUGCUCGGCUCCUCCUCCUCAGUGGCAACAGCAUCUGCUUCACCUUCCUGGCCAGCAAAGCUGUGAAUGGCAGAGCUGUGGAGCUGGCCAGGCUCAUGGUGUUCAUGGUUCUGGUGUGUGAGAAGGACCUGUACUGCAUGGACUGGGCAGUGAAGAUGAUGCAGAAGGUCUGCAAAGUUUUCAGCACUCCCUGGGAGAGGAACAACUUCCUGCAGUGCCUGGAGAACGCCUUUGCUCGCAUGCUGAUGGACCUGCUGCAGGCUGUGCUGGCUGGCGAGCGCGAUGAGGAGGACAGCAGCUUCCUGAACCUCUUCCACCUGAUGAAUGCCCAGGCCAACUUCCACAAGGAGAUCCUCUACCUGGCCAUGGGCAGCAGCAGCAGCAGCAGCAGCAGCAGCUGAGCUCCACAGCCCCUCCCCUGCUCCUGCUGCACUCUCUUUGUUCUCUUGGGACAUUUGCAAAGAAAUCUCUGAUUGUUUCUGAUCCCAGUGAGAGCUGGGGUGGCACAAGCUGGGCCCAGCUGGGUGAGCUCAGGGAGGGCUUGGGGAGUGAAUUCCAUUCCUGGAUUCCCUUUCUGGAUUCUCUCUGAGCUCAGGGAGUGAAUUCCAUUCCUGGAUUCCCUUUCUGGAUUC